UUUCUCUCUUUUAGCCUCGCCCUCCAACCUUGUAUGAAAAAUUUGUUCUUUGUUGUUUCUGAAAUCUGAAUUUUUCUUACUGUUGGAACUUUUGUACCAUAUUUCACUUUUUCUCUGACUCCCACCGUCUAGGAUGAGGGAAAGAAAGAGGGGAUUUUUAGUUUGUUUUUUGAGUGGAUUUUCCGCAUUUUACAUUAUUUUCAAUCGUUUAUUUAUUAUGUAAGAGUUUGCAUGUGCUAAGCUUAGAAUUUGGUUCUGCAUGUAUAGCUCAUGGUUGUUAAUAAGCAUUUCUAGAUUUGAGCGUGAUCAGUGUUUACAUUGAGUUAGAAUGUUAAAGAGUGUGGUGUUUUAUCCUUUGUUAACUUUGUGUUGUAGUGUCAAUGUUUUUUUACCAACUAUUGUUAAUGGUUUCUUCUGAUCACAUUUUCCUCUCCCAAAGGGAACUGAUCAUUUGUUACUGAUUGCUGCGGCAAAUGUGUAUAACGCCUAAAGUGAAGAGUGAAGACUUUUUGUUUGUAGUUUUCUUCAAUUUUAUAUCUUUCUGCUUUUCAUAUGCAGUCGCUUACUUGUAUUGCAAUGGCCACUUGUAUACCUGCUGGAAGUGGCACGCUGCAAUUUAGAGUGACAAACUGCAAGGGAAACGGUUGUAGAAAGAUUGCUUUAGUUUCUGAUGCGCCAAUCGCGAGAUUCUUACAAAAAGAUCUUUCAUGGUCUAAAGCAGUAUCCAAGGUCCCUCAGACCCACAGAUGUGCAUUUUCUGCACCUCCACUUCAAAAGAAUCAGAAACUCUUCAAAGUCAUUUCCUCUUGCAAGGUAGAUGGUCCGACACGGUGCUUUGACUUUUCCGUUGUUGGUAGCGGGAUUGCUGGCCUUUGCUAUGCGCUUGAAGUUGCAAAAUAUGGAUCUGUUGCAGUGAUAACCAAGGCUGAGUCUCAUGAAUGCAAUACUAAUUAUGCUCAAGGUGGUGUUAGUGCUGUGCUAUGCCCUUCAGAUUCUGUGGAGAGUCACAUGAAGGACACCAUUGUGGCUGGGGCAUAUCUUUGUGACGAGGAAAGCGUCCGAGUUGUCUGUACUGAAGGACCUGAAAGAGUAAGAGAAUUAAUUGCUAUGGGUGCAUCAUUUGACCAUGGGGAAGAUGGUAACUUGCAUCUAAUGAGGGAGGGAGGCCAUUCACAUCAUAGAAUUGUUCAUGCUGCUGAUAUGACUGGAAAGGAGAUUGAACGUGCUCUACUGAAGGCAGUUAUCAACAAUCCUAAUAUUUUUGUGUUUGAACACCAUUGUGCUAUUGAUCUUCUUACUUGUCAGGAUGGAUCUGACAUAAAUUGUCUUGGUGUUGACACACUGAAUACUAAAACCCUAGAGGUGGUCAGAUUUCUUUCAAAGGUGACCUUACUUGCAUCUGGUGGAGCUGGGCAUAUUUAUCCCAAAACUACAAAUCCCCUGGUAGCAACUGGAGAUGGGAUUGCUAUGGCACACCGAGCUCAAGCUGUGAUAUCCAACAUGGAGUUUGUGCAGUUCCAUCCAACUGCCUUGGCUGAUGAAGGGCUUCCUAUUAAACCAACCAAGCUUAGGGAAAAAGCAUUUCUGAUAUCCGAAGCUGUCAGAGGUGAUGGAGGCAUCCUUUAUAAUUUGGACAUGGAAAGAUUCAUGCCCUUUUAUGAUGAGAGGGCAGAGCUUGCUCCAAGGGAUGUUGUGGCCAGAAGCAUAGAUGACCAACUGAAAAAGCGUGGUGAGAAGUAUGUUCUUCUUGACAUAAGUCACAAGCCCAAGGAGGAAAUUCUCUCCCAUUUUCCCAACAUUUCUUCUACGUGUCUCCUGCAUGGUUUGGACAUAACUCGCCAUCCAAUCCCAGUAGUUCCGGCUGCUCAUUACAUGUGUGGAGGAGUUCAAGCUGGUCUCCAAGGAGAGACCAAUGUGAAAGGUCUGUAUGUAGCAGGUGAGGUAGCAUGCACAGGUUUGCACGGAGCAAACAGGCUUGCUAGCAACUCAUUGCUUGAGGCACUGGUUUUUGCAAGAAGAGCUGUGCAGCCCUCAGUUGACUGCAUGAAAAGCUCUAGCCUUGAUCUGACUGCAUCAAACUUGUGGCCUAGACCUGCUGUGCCUUUGUCUCUGGAAAGUAAUGUCACUGACAGGAUUUUGCCAAUGACAAAGGAAUCAAGGACAGAAUUGCAAGCCAUCAUGUGGAACUAUGUAGGAAUAGUUCGGUCAACCAUGAGACUUGAGACAGCCAAGCAAAAAAUUGGUAACUUGGAGGCUAAAUGGGAGGAGUGCUUGUUUCAGCAUGGAUGGAAGCCAACAAUGGCAGGCCCUGAGAUAUGUGAGAUGAGAAACCUCUUUUGCUGCGCAAAGCUGGUGAUCAGCAGUGCGCUUUCUAGACAUGAGAGCCGAGGACUGCAUUACACAGUUGAUUUUCCUCAUCUGGAAGAAAGCAAGAGACUUCCAACAAUCAUUGUUCCAAGCUCAACUGUAAACGGUACUUGGAGUUCUCGACAGUUACACAAACAGCCCAUGUACCAGGAUGGCAUCAAAUUGUGUCACAACACAAUACAUAUAAAUAGGUAGGUCUAAUUGAAAUUUUUCGAAAUAAGAACCUCAAGUGAAUGUCUUCUCUCUCACACAGUUUUCUGAUUUCUACUUACUUACACUCAUUGUUUAACUAUAUUAAGAGAUGUAUUCUGUAUAGGUGAAUUUGGAUGAAUUUCAAUCAGACACAUCACCACUUGCAAUUAAAUCUCAGGAAUUCUGAAUACUUAUUUUUGGUUCUUAUGUGCU